GUAGAACAAGAACUAAUCCAUCCCACACCCCAACAAACACAAUCACUAGCUCUGGAGAACUGUGAAGCAGCUGCUGACAGAAUUUAAGACAUGAUGGAUUCAACCCUGGUAUCAGCAAUGCAACAUCCCAACUAUGAAAACCACACAAAUCCAAAUAUGACUAAACCAUCCUGCACAGAUGUUAAGUGCAUAUUCUUUGCAGUAGCCAAUGUGAUCAUCUUCAUCCUGGGUGUGAUUGGAAAUGGCUUGGUGAUCUGGAUCGCAGGGUUUAGGAUGAAGAAGUCAGUCGUCACCACCUGGUACCUGAGUCUGGCUGUGGCAGACUUCAUAUUCUGCUGCACCCUGCCCUUCGGCAUCAUUCAUAAAAUCAAAAACGAGUGGAUCUUUGGGCUCCUUUUGUGCAACUUCAGGUACUUCAUCAAGUACUUCAACAUGUUCAGCAGCAUCUUCACCCUCGUCAUCAUCAGUGUGGACCGCUGUGUGGUCGUGAUGUUUCCAGUGUGGGCUCAGAACAAGCGCACCACCAGAAAGGCCUCUGUGAUCGUCGUGCUGACCUGGAUCAUCUCAGCUCUGUUCAGCACACCGAUGAUCAUCUUCCGAGACACUCAGGACAGGGAUACAAAACUGUGUGUCAGAAAUUACGAAAAUAAUCAGAACCGUACCGCUAUAAUAAUAUGGAGAUUUGUUAUUGGAUUUGUGAUUCCGUUCCUCAUUAUCAUCGUCUGUUAUGUCAUCAUCCUGCGAAAGCUAAAAUCCAACGAGAGGAGAAAGCCGUUCAAGAUCAUGAGAGUAGUGACCACUGCUUUUUUGAUCUGCUGGCUGCCUUAUCACACUUUUGCUUUAUUAGAAUUAAAAUACAAGAAAUUGAAUCACUUUGUCAAUAUGGGAAAAGUAUUGGGAGUCACUCUUGCCAAUGCCAACAGUUUUGUGAACCCAUUUCUUUAUGCAUUUGUGGGGAAGAACUUUAAAAAGCAGUGUUAUGCACUUUUGUCAAAGAUUGAGAAUGCAAUUGAGGAGGAAGGCCAGUACACAGCAGGAAGGACUUCUUCAACAAGCAGCUGAGCAAAAAGAAAACUUUCAACGACAGUUUGAAGACUUUUGCACCGAGAACCAAAAAAUAUAUACUCCAGUGUUCUGUUUAUUCUGUGAAAAGGACCUCAAAUGGAGAAAAAAGUGUGCCGUCUUUACUGUUGACUCCUGAAGCAGUUUAUAGGGACAAUUUAGCACAACUUAGGCUAAGUCCCAUUUCCCCACUUAACCCCACCCCUCUGUUUUGUGUAUUCACGCUUACAGGUAGGGUGUCGUGAUUCUUGUUAGGCUGGAGGGGUUGGUUAGUGUUGGAGGUGUUAGGGAUACACAGUUCUAAAACCAAUCUCUUAAACAGAGAUUUUUCAGAGACACAUUCCAAACAGAAGGCUAUGAGGAUCACUGGAAAGAUUGUGCCAGUGUGACCACUAUAUUAUCAUAUGUAAAUGUGUAAUUUCAAUGUUUUAUGACUCUUUUCUUCAUAACAAGUAUAAACUAACUAACAUUUUUUCCAUUCCACCUUAAAUGAUUCAACAGACUGCAUAGGCUGUAGCAUUUAAGAAAAUAUAAAGAAAAAAUAAAAGCUAAUAAAAGCUAAUUUCAGCUAGUUAUCACAGGGGAAUUAAGGAAUGGACAAUAAUAAUUACUUUCUGUACCGCCUGCUCUCUUUCUGAACACAUAUGAUAAACUAAAGUUGACAAGUUAAUCAGCAGCAGUUAGGUUGCUAAACUUUUUUUGCUUCACUGCUAUAACUAUAUCUGUGUAUCAGUUGCUUG